AUGGCCAGCGAAGUCCCCGUACAGAGUCCUCCCACAGCCGCAGAGGCCGCACAGUUGGUCAGUGAGCGUUCGCAUCAAGUUCACAACGCAUUGAACACCACCAAGACGGAUAGCGAUGCUGCUCCUCUCGAGAAGGAAAGGCCCGCGACAAGCGCUGGAGAGCCAGAAGCAGCUAAGCCCGCCUCAGAGACCAACCCGCCUGUGGCGGAGGCCAAGAAAGAGGAUCCCCAGACGGGCGAGAAACGCGAUAUUGAUUCGACUGCAGCCCCUGAUGCCGAGGACAAGGACAAGUCUGCUUCAGAGAAGCCUGUUGAAUCUGAUGCCAAAAAGCAGAAGACGGACGAGCCCGCCAAGGAAGCCAAUGGUACUGCGCCUGCCGCUGCCGAUACCACCAAUGGACAACCCAAGAAGGCUGGUCGGCCGAAGAAGGAUAAGGUCAAGGAUGCUGUGAAGAAAGUCGUUCCAACGGAUAGCAUUGGGAGCCGCACUCGCAGCCGGACCAAGGCGACGACUUGA